AUUAAUUUUAAAAUGGUGAAGAAUGUUGCUUAAGAGAGUGUGAAUCAAAAACUUUAAUUGGUUGUCAGAUCAGGAAAGAUCACCAUGGGAUAUAAGCAAACAUUGAAGGCAAUCAGAAAUGGAACAGCCAAAUUAGUGUUUAUUUCUAACAAUUGCCCCACAAUUAGAAAGACCCAAAUUGAGUAUUAUGCCAUGUUGGCUCAAAUCACCAUUGUGUUAUAUUAAGGAAACAACGUUGAUUUAGGUACGGGGGGUUUAGAAGGGGACUUUGUUCUUCUUUGAUUUAAUUUAUGGGCAUGAGUGAUUUAAUCUUAUUAUAGGUACCGCCUGUGGUAAAUUACACAGAUGUUCAAGCUUAGCCAUUAUUGAUGCAGGUGACUCCGACAUCCUUACCCAAUAAUGAUUUAAUUUUAUUUUAGUACAAUAUUUUCAUAACACAAAUUAUAGAUAUCCC